ACUGACGAUACAAAGGACAAUGCACAGUGUAUGUGCUGAUGACAUUUUGUGUGCUGUGACAUGGUUUUUGCCAUGGCAUCUGAGACUGAAAAGGCCCAUGCUCUUCUCCAAACUUUCAGUACAGCUUCAGUUAUUUCUAGUCUAGGUUUGGGAAUAUUCUGCUUUGUAGCAGACAGACUUCUGCAGUUUUCCUUCAUUCAGCAAAAUGACUGGCUCCGAGCCUUCUCUGAUAAUGCAGUGCAUGGUAUACUAGGAAUGUGGUCCUGGGCAAUAGUGAUUGGACUCAGGAAGAAAAGUGACUUCACUGAGGUCACUCUGGCUGGCUUCCUCGCCUCCAUAAUUGAUGUGGACCACUUCUUUCUUGCUGGCUCCCUGUCAUUAAAGGCUGCUCUGACUCUUCCAGAGAGACCACUUCUUCAUUGUUCUACUGUGAUUCCUGUUGUGGCUCUGACAUUAAAGUUUAUUAUGCACCUUCUCAGGCUUAAGGAUUCAUGGUGCUUUCUUCCCUGGAUGUUGUUCAUAUCCUGGACUUCCCAUCACAUCCGUGAUGGGAUUCGUCAUGGCCUCUGGAUCUGCCCAUUUGGAAAAACUCCUCCUUUGCCAUAUUGGCUGUAUGUAGCAAUUACAGCAUCUUUACCUCAUCUGUGUUCAUUUAUUAUGUAUUUAACAGGCACUAGAGAAUUAAUGUCUAUAAAACAUGGAAUUCGCAUUGAUGUAUAAGAAUGAUGGCUCUUAAAGGUAGUUUCUAUUAGCACUUGAAAUAAGCUGUCUGUUUGUCACUGAAGUGGUUUCCUUAUGUUUCCUACAACUUCCGGGUUAGGCAUUUUAAGCCAGUGGAGCCAGUCAGAGCUCCUCAUUCCUUGAGGUCAUAGAAGCCUAUUUAAUGAAUGGUAAUACUUUUAUAUCUAUACAUUCUCCUUGUAAAAUAUGUGGCCUUCCAUUCUAGUUCAUGCAUAGCUAGCUGAUUUAUAAAGUACUUAGUCUCGCUGUAAUUUUACUGUCAUGGUGCCAUUCAUCUGGUAACCAUUCACUUUGGAUUUGUAUUCUGCCUUUAGAUAAUACAUUUCAUCUAGACAGCAUUUGUAUAGCACUUUUAAAAUGUAAAGUACUAUAUAAAUGCUAAG